AUGUUGUCGUCCUUUCUCCUCUCACACCAUCGUCGUCUUCUGCAACUGGCCGCCGACAAUGUAAAAUCGAAUAUCGAUUUAGCAGGCAAAAUCAGGGGAACGAUCACGAAUGGUACCGCCGCCGCCGAGCAAACAGUGGUGAGCGAUUGGAAGCCUUCUAUUGUUUUGCGCGGCGUCGCGUCCUGCUCGGGAUCGGUGUCAGAUUCACCAACGAAGCUACACCUCUCCGACGGAAGAGGUUGUUGCGGUGAGGGAGCUCGAAUCGGCGAUUCAAAAGAGAGAGAGAGCGCGACGGAAGAUGGCGGCCAGAUCCAUCCCUUCUUCUCCUUUUUCUUUUCUCGGGAGGCCAGAUCCAUCCCAUCUCCCACUAGACAAAGACGAAGGAGUUACGGAGAGGGAGACGAGAGAGACGGUGAAGAUGGCACAACGACGGAUUCAAUGAUUGCAUGGUGGCGUCAAGGAAGCGGACAUGGAAACAGACCGCGGUGGCUGGUGGCAGCAUUGGGAGCUUGA